ACGAUCAAUCAAAACAAUAGUUAUACACACAAUUCACUGUACUAGGAAUUUAGAGAGAGAGAGAGAGAGACAGCGAAACCAAGAAAAGUUCACACACAAUAUUGGAGUUGCACAGAUCCCAGUAUCUCUCUGUAUUUCUCAAUUUUCUCUCCAAGAACUCCUCCGAGAUAGAGGAUUUAGGAUUCCCUGUUUUUUGGGCCCCUAUACAUAGCAUUGCGUAAAGAGAAAUCUUUAUCUUUUUUCUAUUUUCAAGAAUUGUGGAUAUGCAUGUCUAUGUAUAGUAGAAUUGCAUGAAGCGGACAAUUUUUUUUUUUUUUUUUAAUCUGGUUAAAGCGGAUUUUGGGUCUUGCUACGAUAAUCAAUCAGGAUUAUCUGUUGACUUUGCCCUUUAUUAUUUUUUGUACUUUUGAAAUUUUAAGUCCAAGCUGAAUUUUACGAUUUUUGAAUAUGAGUAUGUGAUUUUUUGGGUUGUGCUUAUCUUUCACUUUUUAUUUUUGUUCGCCGUUGAGGGGUGGUUAUUUAAUGUGAUUUUUUUCUUAAUUUUAAAUUUGGUAUUCGGUGCUCAUUAACUGUAUUCCAACUUGAUUAUAUGGAAAAAGGUUGAUUAUUCAAUGAAUGGCAUUAAUGAAAAGUUGGUUUUCAUUUUCUGGUGAAAGUGAGAGUAUAUUCUUACCCAAUACUUUUUUUUUUAAUUAUUAUUAUUUUACAGCUACUUGCUGCGAGUUUAGUGAAAUUUGAGAUAUUUUGAGCUUUGAUUCUCUUCUAUACAAUAUUGGCGUGAAUUUUGAGUCUCUGCAUCUUUGAAGAAGUCCUUGAUUGAAAAUGAGAACUGUUAUUCAGUCUGUAAGACAAUUUAGGUCGGCUUUUCGGUAUAGACGGAACACCUAUGAUGGAUUUUCAAAAGGUCCAGAUUAUUGGUGCAAUAAAAAUUUCCGGUCUGCAUACAGCCUAUCAAGAAAAGCAGAUGUUUGUGAAUGUAGACAACCACCACAUAUGAUCUCCAGAGUCAUGUUUGCUAAUGCAGCUAAUGUUACUCAUCGAGUCUCAGAAUUAAAUCAAUCUGGACCUCUUGUGGAAUACGAACGGAGGAUCAAUGCUGGUGAACUUUUGGAUGGUGAUACUAGCCAGUUGGGCUCCUUAGCAGAGCUUCAAAGACUUUAUGACGAGCUUGUUGAAAAGGCUAAUGCUUGUAGGUUGGAUCGAUAUGCUACUUCUGAGAAAGCUGGGAGGAGUAGAUGGUUGUGGUCCCGUUUCAUACCACAAGCUUCAUAUGCACCGGUGAAAGGACUUUAUCUCUACGGAGGAGUUGGCACAGGCAAGACUAUGUUGAUGGACCUGUUUUUUGAUCAAUUGCCUUGCAACUGGAGGAAAAAGAGGAUCCACUUUCAUGACUUCAUGCUGGAUGUCCACAGCCGUUUGCAAAAGCACAAGGGUGUGGCAGAUCCUCUAGAAGUUGUCGCUGGAGAGAUAUCGGAUGAAUCUCUUUUGUUAUGUCUUGAUGAAUUCAUGGUGACCGAUGUAGCUGACGCCUUGAUCCUAAACCGUCUAUUUGGACAUUUAUUCAGCGAAGGAGCUAUUCUUGUUUCGACUUCAAAUCGAGCUCCAGAUAAACUUUAUGAAGGGGGACUACAGAGAGAUCUUUUUCUACCAUUCAUUGCAACUCUGAAGGAAAGAUGCGCUGUUCAUGAAAUUGGUUCGGCUGUGGACUAUCGGAAAAUGACUUCGGCACAGCAAGGUUUCUACUUUGUUGGCAAAAACUUAUCCAUCCUUCUUGAGCAAAAAUUUCAAGAAUUAGUUGGGGAAUGCAAAGCUGUUCAACAAGAGGUGGAAGUCAUCAUGGGAAGGAAAUUGCUGAUUCCGCUGGGUGCCAAUGGAUGUGCAUGUUUCCAUUUUGAGGAGCUAUGUGAUAGGCCUCUUGGAGCAGCAGACUAUUUUGGUCUAUUCAAAAAAUUUCAUACUCUGGCUUUGGAAGGUGUGCCAAUUUUCGGGCUCCAUAAUCGGACUGCAGCAUAUCGGUUUGUUACUUUAGUUGAUGUGAUGUAUGAAAAUAAAGCUAGAUUGCUAUGCACUGCUGAGGGGACUCCUUUUGAACUUUUUGAAAGAAUCGUGACAGUAUCUGAUGCUCAACAAAUGGCACCCCGAACCUCUUCAAGAUCGAGAAAAUCCGAUGAUUCUAACAUUUGUGUGGAUAAUGAAUUAGGCUUUGCAAAAGAUCGCACCAUUAGUAGGCUGACAGAGAUGAAUAGCAGAGAGUAUUUGGAGCAACAUGCUGCAAUAUUGGCAGAGAAGCUGGUCGUGCAGGAAAACGAUAAUGAGAAUGUCCUACAGGCAUAGCCCUGAAUGAGUGAAGUAUUGUUGUCUGUAAAAUUAUGCAAUUACAUAGCAUAGUAUGAGGCUUAGGAAUCUGGUUCGAUUUUUGGCAGAAACUCCAUAAAUGAGAGGAUUGAGGCUGAUCAUCGUCUGGUUGGAAAAAAUAAAUAAAUGAGUACUCGUCAUGUCUCUAUUUUAAUAAACAGUUGUAACAAUAUUUAUCAAAUAAGGGCAUUUUCAAGUUAAGUUCCAAUUGACAUUUGA